AUGAAGUUCGUUGCCUUGGUAUCAGGAGGUAAAGACUCUUGUUUCAACAUCCUCCACUGUCUCAGUAAUGGCCAUGAGCUUGUUGCGCUAGCCAAUUUGUACCCAAAAACCUCUUCUUCUUCUGAGGAAAUCGAUAGCUUCAUGUACCAGACCGUCGGUUAUACGGUGUUACAGAAUUAUCAAGAGUGUAUUGGGGUACCAAUGUAUAGAAAAGAAAUCUUGGGAACCUCAAAGAAUGUUGGCAUGCAAUACCAGCCGACCUUGGAUGACGAAACCGAAGACUUAUACGAAUUGUUGUCGACCUGCAAGCAGAAUCACCCAGAUCUCACCGCCGUAAGUGUCGGGGCAAUUCUUUCAUCGUAUCAGAGAAUCAGGGUCGAACACGUUUGUCAAAGAUUAGGUUUGACAUCGCUAGCCUAUCUUUGGCAAAGGAAUCAGAACGAUUUGAUGGGAGAAAUGUGUGGAUCAGGUAUGGACGCAAGAAUCCUAAAAGUGGCGGCAUUUGGAUUGAAUCAAGAUCAUUUGGGCUUAACAUUGAAUCAGAUAUAUCCUCAAUUGGUAAGGUUGAACUCACAAUUCGACAUCCAUAUUUGUGGGGAAGGUGGGGAAUUCGAAACCAUUGUGCUCGAUGCUCCGUUUUUCAUCAAUAAGAAAAUUGUCACCACGGAACAAAAGAUUGUUAGGCAUAUGGAUGAUGAUGUAUUUUACUUACAAUUAAAGACCAAAGUAGAAGAUAAGACCGAUAACAAAUUCAGUUUGAAAAAUACCGAUUGGAGCCAAUUCAUCACCCAGCAACCGUUGUUGACAGACAUUUUCAAGCAGAUUUAUGAUUCCAUUACCAGUACUGACGACUCACUAUUAUUGGCCGAUUCUUCAUUUGAAGGGGUUGGCAAAUCAUUAAACACAAUCAUAUGUGGUAACAAAUUAUUUAUCUCGAACAUCACCUCGUCUGCUGAAUCCAUUGAUGGUCAAACUACAGAUAUUUUUUACCAACUUGAGAGAAUUUUGAAAAAACAUAAUAUUGAAUCUACAGCGAAUAUCAUAUCGACUAAUCUUUUAGUUGCUGCAAUGUCGGAAUUUUCAAAGAUCAACUCAAUCUACAUGAAUUAUUUCCCAGACCCUUUGCCACCUUCGAGAACCUGUGUGGAGACAAUUUUACCAAAGGGGAAGCAUCUUCAACUCUCUGCUGUUGUAUUAUUGAAUAACAACGAGAAGCAAGGGUUGCACGUUCAAGGAAGAAGUUAUUGGGCCCCUGCCAACAUUGGGCCUUAUUCUCAAGCAGGAUUUGAUACUACCAACUAUAUGGCCAACUUGGCGGGGCAAAUCCCGUUGAUUCCUGCAAUAAUGGAACUUCCAAAUGAAAAUAACGUUCCACUGGAGUAUGCCAAUAAUCUUCAUCAACUAAAUACGGCAUUAUCUUUAAAACAUAUUGUCUCUGUUAAGGACGUCAUUGGUUGUGAUAAAAUCGGAUCAUUUAUUUGUUACGUUACUGAUUCUAUUUAUAUAAAAUUGGGGGCAAAAGCGUUUGAAGAGUAUAAUACAUUGGAAUACGAGGAAAAUUUCGUUGAUCCUGUUUACAAAAGUUUGCUCAUCGUUAAAGUCGGUAAUUUGCCGAAGAAUGCGGAAAUCGAAUGGAGUGGGGUCAGUUACAAACAGUUGAUCGUAGAUGAAGAUAGUGAGGAAGAAGAGGAGAAGGAUCAGAAACCAACUAUUGAAAGUGUAUGUAGUGAAGCUUAUGAUCUUUUGAAAUCCCAGGGCACGCUUAUUGUCAACAACAGAGAAUUUGUAUCAACUUUAACGUUCAAUGAUGGAAAAGAAUUAGCGGAGGUUUUAACUAAAGGUAAAAAAUUGCAUUUUAUUGUUUUCGCCGAACCAACUGAAGCUCUAUUGAAGAUUUUGGAUAAUAAUAAUGGCGAUAAUUCUGUGGAAUUCAUUCCUGUUCAGCAGGUAACGAAUUACAAAGGUGAAUUAAUGGUUUAUGGUUUAAUUGUCAGAGGCUCCUUUUAA